AUGGCCAUGAAGAGUAGACAAAGAAGAAUGAUUCUUAAGCUAGAUAUCCGGAAAGCAUAUGAUAGAGUUGACAGGUCCUUCCUUUUGGCUGUGCUAGCCAAGUUUGGGUUUAGUAAGUCAUGGAUUAAGUGGAUUUCCAACAUGGUAACACAGUUUUUUGCUUCGGUUUUAGUUAACGGCAGUCCCCAAGGUUUCUUUCCUAGCUCGCGGGGUAUUCGGCAAGGGGAUUCCAUAUCCCCUUUUCUUUUCAUUUUAAUGGUAGAAGUUCUUGGUUGCUCGAUUGCUCGAAAGCGUUCUCAGGGGUUGUGGAAAGAAGCAUCAGUGAUGAAAAAAGUGUUGGAUAGAUUUAGUUGGGCUACUGGGCAGGAGAUAAAUUGGCAAAAAUUAGAGAUUUUUUUCUUCCACACUGAAGCUGGGUCACAAAGGUCUUUAGCCAGACUUUUUGGGAUUAGAGUUGGUCAGCUACCUGGGAAAUUCCUUGGAACAUCGCUCUUUGCUGGAGCAGGUAAGGCGGAGAUUUGGAAAUGGCUUCUUGAUGGUUACAUUGCAAAAUUGGAGGGCUGGAAAAGUAAGUGGCUCACUUUGGCUGGUCGCCUUUUGAUGUUGAAGACAGUGAUUUCGAUAAUGUCGAUUUUCUCUAUGGCUUGUUUUAAACUCCCAGGCACGAUCAUUAAGAAUAUUCAACAGAAAAUGAGAAUUUCUUUUGUGGAACGGUAG